UAUCACAAGGCUGUAAAACAAUUGUAACAUUUUAAUAAGCGAAGAUGUCUAGGCCGUCUACCACAACUACAACCACCGAAAUAAACUCUAAUAAUAUGUCGGAAAUACCUCAAUGGCUUAAUAAAGAAUUUUUUAAACCGGCAUUUAAACAGGUUUUAAACUUCAAAGAAAUAAGUUCUAUAAUUCCAAUCACAACUGAAACACCUGAUAAAACUGUAGGAUCUGAUUUUAUAAGAGUUCUCUUAGAGGUCAAAUUAACAGAUAAUACCAUAGUUAAAACAACUUAUCUACUAAAAUCCGAUAAAUUAUUAAAUACAAAGGAGUCUACUGAACUACAGCCUAGUAACACCUUUCUGAAGGAAAAACAUAUGUACUUACAUAUAAUACCAGUAUUAACAAAAAUGUACGCAUCCAUCAAUGGUCUAAAUAUUAAAUUGGCUCCAUUAUGCAUGCAUGCAGCUAUAUCGACUGAAGAUGCCGUUUUAGUUCUGGAAGAUUUCAGCAGAAAAAAGUUCCAUAACGUAGACCGCUUUAAAGGUUUUGAUAUGUUACACAUGCGUUGGGCUUUACGGAAGUUAGCUGAGUUUCAUGCAGCUACAACAGUAUAUUUUGCAACUCAAGGCCCAUAUCCUGAUUUAUACCAGGAGAGUUUCUGUAAUGCAUCCAACAUACGUAUGGUAAAAAGAAUAACGGAGAAACGUCAAUUACAUUUUCGAAAUGCAAUGCGCCAGUGGGGUUUACCACAUGUUGAAGACUUUAUAAAAAAAAUGCCAACAAUUAAAGAUUAUAUGGAAGCAGCUUUGAAGUCAAAUAAUGUGGAUCCCAAUGAAUUUAAUGUGCUUAAUCAUGGACAACUAUUCAAUACAAAUAUUUUGUUUAAUUAUAAUGAGAGUGGCGUUAUAGAUGAGGCAAUAUUCAUAGGCUUUCAAUACUGCAACUAUGGUUCACCAGCUCAAGAUUUGUGGCAAUUAAUCAUAACAUCAGCUGAACUUGAUAUUAAAAUAAGAGAAUUUGAUCAUUUUUUAUUUAUUUACCAUGCACAUUUAAUUGAAUGUUUAAAACUUCUAAAAUAUGAAACUGAGAAGCCCUGGCCGACUUUGAUGGAUAUUCAACAGAUGAUGUUGAAAUAUGGAUUUUGGGGACCUAUUGCUGCAAACACUACACUUUGCAAUUUAUUGUUGCCAACGAGUGAACAGUCUUCUUUAGAAAAUAUGUUCAGACCUGGACACGAAGGAGAUAUUUUACGUUAUAAAAGUUUUACUAACCCUCAUUAUGCCAAAGCAAUGUGUCAACUUAUACCAUUUUUCGCUUAUAAGGGUAUAUAA